GAGCGGGCGCUAGGCCGCAGCGGAGCCGGCGGGGCCGGGGAAGCGGGGGGACCGGGGCGGCGGAGCGGCCGGAGCGGGGCCGGAGCGGGGCCGGAGCGGGGCCGGAGCGGGGCGGGUCCGGCGGGAUCCGGGCGGGCGAUGCCGAGCAAGAAGAAGAAAUACAACGCGCGUUUCCCGCCGGCGCGGAUCAAGAAGAUCAUGCAGACGGACGAGGAGAUCGGGAAGGUGGCGGCGGCCGUUCCCGUCAUCAUCUCGCGGGCGCUCGAGCUGUUUCUGGAGUCGCUGCUGCGCAAGGCGUGUCACGUGACCCAGUCCCGCAACGCCAAAACCAUGACGACAUCACACCUGAAGCAGUGCAUCGAGCUGGAGCAGCAGUUCGAUUUCCUCAAGGACCUGGUGGCCGCGGUGCCCGACAUGCAGGGGGACGGGGACGAGGUGGCCGGGGACGGGGAGCGGGGGCAGCGCAGGGGGCGUCGCCCCGGCCGCAGGAACGGGGGCCCCGGGGGGCCGAAGGGGAAGGACCCGAAACAGUCGGGAACCGACACGGAGCAGGAGGAGGACUCUGAGGACAGUGACAGCGACGGGGACGAGGAGCCAGCGCAGCCCCUCCCCCCACAGCCCCCCCUCAGCUUCCCCAGCCCUGGGCUGCCCUUCCCCCCCCUAGGUCCCGCCCCCAUGGCGGGGGGGGGAGGGGCCGUGGGGGGGGUUGGGCUCCCCCCCGCCCCGCCCCGCGAGGACGAGGAUGAGGAGGAUGAAGAUUACGACUCGUAGCGCCCAGUCGGGCACUGGGAGCGCGGGGGGGGGCACUGGGAGCGCCCCUCCCCCCCCUCCCCCCCCUGCCCCGGGGCCACCGGCGCCAUGAGCGGGAGCCGCUCUCAGCGGGGGAGGGGGCUCGGCCCGGACGCCUGGGUCCCCUCCCCGGACUCCUGGGUCCCUUCCCGGACGCCUGGGUCCCCUUUUUGGGUGGGGGGAGGAGGGCGAUUUUGGGGCCGUUUCGCAGCUUUUAAUGAAUUUGGGGGGGUUUUCAAUAAAGUUCUGGUUUCCGUAA